CGCGUGCGGCCUCCGUCGCCGGCGACUGUCGCAUAUUUCAAGGUAUACAGAAGAUGGGGAGGCAUUAUCUUAUCUUGAGUGCACCACUUUUCUUUAGCUUAGCUGGAUGUACCAUUAGAAACAGCAACCCGACUUGGCUAUCAUCACCUUGGCCUGUAUGCAUGUUAGAAACUUCCUUUCAUGUCAAGAAGACCUUGGUGAUCAAUCUCUUUGUGUAAAAUAAAAGUAAAGGUCCUAGUCAGUGUGAAAUGAGGUGCUAUCCUGAAUGUGCAAUCCUGCAAGUUGUUUUUGGACAAACUGAAGUGCCUGAAGUUGAUUGUGUUAACUAGGGAUAAAAAUCUUGUGAUUCAAGAGGGUUGAUGAUAUAUACAAAUAUCACACGAUUCCAUCAUGAUAUAAGUAUUGCAAUAAAGCAAUGGCAUCAAAGGGUCCAAGGACCAAGCCUGAUCAUGAGACACGAGCUAGGCGCCCAAAGGCACUUGAGGCGCCUAGAGAACCCCAUCGACCUAAGACUCAUUGGGAUCAUGUCUUAGAAGAGAUGGUUUGGUUGUCAAAGGACUUUGAGUCUGAGAGGAAGUGGAAGUUGUCUCAGGCAAAGAAGGUUGCACUGAGGGCCAGCAAGGGCAUGUUAGAUCAGGCCACCAGGGGAGAAAAGAAGCUGAAGGAGGAAGAACAGCGAUUACGAAAACUUGCGCUUAAUAUUUCCAAGGAUGUGAAGAAAUUCUGGAUGAAAAUCGAGAAGCUGGUGCUUUACAAGCAUCAGACGGAGCUUGAUGAAAUAAAGAAAAAAGCACUAGAUAAACAGCUCGAGUUUCUUUUGGGGCAAACUGAGAGGUAUUCAACAAUGUUGGCAGAAAAUCUAGUGGAUUCAUUUAAGCCAGUCAUACAUUGUCCUGCACAGGAUACAACAAACAUCCUGAUUAAGUCAGAUUCAAAGCUUGCAGAUGAUCCAUUGGAACUUAAUGAUGAUAUUCAAGACACUGAUGAAGAUUUUGAUGUACGAUCUGAAGAUGAAUCAGAAGAUGAUGAGCAGACCCUUGAGGAAGAUGAGGCACUUAUUACUGAAGAGGAGAGGCAGGAAGAAUUAGCAGCUUUGCAGAGUGAAAUAGAUCUUCCACUGGAGGAGCUGCUCAAAUGUUAUAUGGUAGACAGAGUUAGCAGAGAAAGUUGUCCAGACAAGAGUGAAGAUGGAAUUAAGCCAACCUUGGAUGAAGAUGAUUAUGGAAAGGACAACAAUGAUCAUUGUGCUGCCAGCAGCAAAGGUGACCCAAGCAGCUUGCUUGUUCGUCGUUCUAGUGAAAGCAAUGGUGAUUUGCAUGUAUCUGAAAGGAAUUCGUUAAAGAUUAAGACAGCUCCAGUCAAAAAUCUGUCUGAUAACUCUAGGGAGGAAGCCAAAGAAGAUGUUCCAUAUGACUUCAAUGAUGAACAGGACGAUGGUGAUUUUAGCAUUGCUGGAGAAGAGAAGGAUGAUGAGACUACCUUGUCAGAAGAGGAGGAACUGGCUAAAGCGGAUCCAAACAAUCCAACAGAUGAGAUUGCGUUACUGCAAAAGGAGAGUGAAAUUCCUAUAGAGGAAUUGCUUGCAAUGUAUAAAAAGGACUCGAGCAAUGAUGAAGUUUCAGAGGAUGAAUCUGCAUAUGCCUCUGCUUUAUCAGAGGACUUCUUGGAUUCUUCGCCCCAUGAAGAUGUUGAAGUGAAGCAGGAGGGUAAUGCUGUUGAUGAAAGUCUUGAAUUGACUGUAGGCCAGCCAUUUGCAGAAGAUGAACCAAGCCCCGAGAGAAAACUAGAAGAUGGAAUGGAGAGUGAAAAUAGAAUUGAUGCUGCUGCUGCUGCAGCAAGAUCAGCACAACCAACAGGCAAUACAUUUUCAACUACCAAUGUUCGUACGAAGUUCCCUUUUCUGCUUAAACACCCUCUUCGUGAAUACCAACAUAUUGGCUUGGACUGGCUGGUUACAAUGUACGAGAAAAGAUUGAAUGGCAUUUUAGCAGAUGAAAUGGGGCUUGGGAAGACAAUCAUGACAAUUUCUCUUCUUGCUCAUCUAGCUUGUGAAAAGGGAAUAUGGGGCCCUCAUCUGAUUGUGGUUCCAACUAGUGUCAUGCUUAAUUGGGAAACGGAGUUUCUUAGAUGGUGUCCUGCCUUUAAAAUUCUCACUUACUUUGGUAGUGCUAAGGAGCGGAAAUUUAAGAGGCAAGGCUGGUUGAAACCAAACUCUUUUCACAUCUGCAUUACAACUUACAGACUUGUUAUACAGGAUUCCAAAGUCUUCAAGCGGAAGAAGUGGAAAUACUUAAUUUUGGAUGAAGCACACCUGAUUAAAAACUGGAAGUCCCAGAGAUGGCAAACUCUUUUGAAUUUCAAUUCAAAACGGCGUAUCUUAUUAACUGGUACGCCAUUGCAGAAUGAUCUCAUGGAACUCUGGUCACUAAUGCAUUUCUUAAUGCCCCACAUCUUUCAGUCACACCAGGAAUUCAAGGAUUGGUUCAGUAAUCCUAUAUCAGGGAUGAUAGAAGGACAAGAAAGGGUGAACAAAGAAGUUGUUGAUCGUUUGCAUAAUGUUCUCCGUCCAUUUAUACUCCGACGGUUGAAAAGGGAUGUUGAGAAGCAGCUACCGAUGAAACAUGAGCAUGUAAUAUAUUGUAGGCUCUCAAGGAGACAGCGUAACCUGUAUGAAGAUUUCAUUGCCAGCUCAGAGACACAAGCCACUCUUGCAAGUGCCAAUUUUUUUGGCAUGAUUAGUGUUAUUAUGCAACUUCGCAAAGUUUGCAAUCAUCCAGACUUAUUUGAGGGUCGUCCAAUUGUGAGUUCCUUUGAUAUGGCUGGUAUUAACAUCCAGUUGAGUUCUUCCAUUUGUUCAAUGCUUUCGCAGGGCCCAUUUUCUUCUGUAGAUCUUAAACAUUUGGGAAUUUUAUUUACUGAUCUAGAUUUCAGCAUGUCUUCUUGGGAGAGUGAAGAAGUUAAAGUUCUGGCUACCCCUUCAAAUUUAAUAAAAGAGCGUGUUGACCAAGCAAAUCUGGAAGAAAUUGUGCCCAUUUCUAAAAAUAAGAGAAAUUUGCCUGGGAUGAAUAUAUUUGAAGAGAUUCGUAAGGCUAUUCUGGAAGAGAGACAAAGAGAAGCAAAAGACCGAGCAGCGUCCAUUGCUUGGUGGAACUGCUUGAGAUGCAACAAGAAACCAAUGUACUCAACAACUCUACGGGAGCUUCUGACUGUAAGGCAUCCUGUUUUUGAUAUUCACCAGCAAAAGGUUGACCAGCGGUCCUACUUGUACUCAUCUAAACUUGCUGAGAUUGUUCUUUCACCAGUUGAACGCUUCCAGAGGAUGAUUCAUCUGGUUGAAUGUUUCAUGUUUGCCAUCCCAGCAGCACGGGCACUGGCGCCUGCUUGUUGGUGCAGCAAAACUGGGACAUCUGUGUUUCUGCAUCCAUCUUACAAGGAGAAAUGUGCUGAAACUUUGUUUCCCCUUCUAACACCUUUUAGACCAGCAAUUGUCAGAAGGCAACUAUAUUUUCCAGACAGGAGAUUGAUACAGUUUGACUGUGGUAAGCUGCAGGAGCUUGCAAUUUUGCUGAGAAGAUUGAAGUCUGAAGGUCAUCGAGCAUUAAUAUUUACCCAGAUGACCAAGAUGCUUGACAUAUUGGAGGCUUUUAUAAAUUUGUAUGGAUAUACUUACAUGCGGCUGGAUGGUUCCACCCAACCUGAAGAAAGGCAGACAUUAAUGCAACGGUUCAACACUAAUCCCAAAAUUUUUCUUUUCAUCUUGUCGACCCGUAGUGGUGGUGUCGGUAUUAACCUUGUUGGGGCAGAUACAGUUAUCUUUUAUGAUAGUGACUGGAAUCCUGCCAUGGACCAACAAGCUCAAGACCGCUGUCAUCGGAUAGGACAGACCCGUGAAGUACAUAUCUAUCGGUUAAUCAGUGAGAGCACCAUUGAGGAGAACAUUCUGAAGAAAGCAAAUCAGAAGCGUGCUCUUGAUAAUCUAGUCAUUCAAAGUGGAGACUACAACACUGAAUUUUUCAAGAAGCUUGAUCCUAUGGAAUUGCUUUCUGGCCAGGCUCUGAAGAAUUUGCAGGAGAAAAAUCACAAUAAUAGAAUAGAAGUUUCUGUCUCUAAUGCAGAUGUAGAGGCUGCUUUGAAGCAUGCAGAAGAUGAAGCAGAUUACAUGGCAUUGAAGAAAGUGGAACAGGAAGAAGCUGUGGACAAUCAGGAGUUUACAGAAGAAGCUAUUGGGAAACUGGAAGAUGAUGAGUUUGUGAAUGAGGAUGAUGGUAAAGCUGAUGAGUCAACUGAUGCUGGUGGUUUAAGCAUUUCAAACAAAGAAAAAUUGAUAUUGAAUGGGAAGGGUCCUAUUGAAGAGAAAGCUCUCACUUUUGUUAGCAAAGAAGAUGACGUUGAUAUGCUGGAUGAUGUCAAGCAGAUGGCUGCAGCAGCAGCAGCAUCUGGGCAAACUAUCUCAUCUUUGGAAAAUCAGUUGAGACCAAUUGAUCGAUAUGCCAUACGUUUUCUGGAAUUGUGGGAUCCAAUCAUAGACAAGGGAGCAACAGAAUCUGAAGCUAGGUUUGAGGAGGCAGAAUGGGAACUUGAUCGCAUUGAGCAGUACAAGGAAGAGAUGGAGGCUGAAAUUGAUGAUGAUGAGGAACCUCUUGUGUAUGAAAUGUGGGAUGCUGAUUUUGCAACUGAGGCAUAUCGGCAGCAAGUUGAAGCUUUAGCUCAACAUCAGCUAAUGGAAGAACUGGAAAAUGAAGCCAAAGAAAAAGAAGCUGAAGAUGGAAAUUUUGAUGCUAUGGAGAAUGAGACGAGUUAUUCAAAACCAAAACCUAAGAAGAAAAAACUGAAGAAAGCAAAAUUCAAAUCUCUGAAGAAGGGAUCUUUAACUUCUGAAUUAAAACUUGUAAAAGAAGAGUCAGAAGGGGAACAUAUGUCUGUUGAUGAUGAGAUUUCUCAUGAUGAGGUCUGUUAUUCAGAUAUGGCAUCACCAUCUUCAAAUGUUCAGAAAAGACGAAAGAAGGCUGAUACAAUGCAUGAUCCUGAAGAAGAGGGGAGCUCAAAGAAGAAGCCCAAGAAACUUAAGAAGGCUCCUGCUGACAAAGUUUCUGUUGAUUUGGAUCCAGGUUUAACUGGUAAGCGUCGUGAUGCCUUUGCAGAGGUAAAACAAUGUGAGGGUAUGUCUGUUGAGCUCGAGCAGAAAUCAGCAGGCAGGAGCAGAACUGGAGGAAAGAUUUCCAUUACUUCCAUGCCAGUCAAGCGGGUCUUAACGAUAAAACCUGAGAAAUUAAAGAAGGGGAAUGUUUGGUCUAGGGAAUGUGUACCAUCACCUGAUUCUUGGUUGCCACAGGAGGAUGCUGUGUUAUGUGCUGUCGUCCAUGAAUAUGGUCCACAUUGGAAUUUGGUUAGUGAAACACUGUAUGGCAUGGCUGCUGGUGGCUUUUACAGGGGAAGGUAUCGCCAUCCUGUUCAUUGUUGUGAGCGGUAUAGGGAACUAAUUCAAAGACAUGUUUUGUCUGCACCAGACAGUUCUGUUAAUGAAAAGAUUGGCAAUACAGGCUCAGGAAAAGCUCUUCUCAAAGUGACGGAGGACAACAUCCGAAUGCUGCUAAAGUUUGCUGCUGAGCAGCCAGAUAGGGAAUUUCUUCUUCAGAAGCACUUCACUGCUCUGCUUUCAUCUGUUUGGAGGGUGGCAUAUCGCACUGACCCGCAGCAAAACCCCCAACCAGUUCGCAAUGGUCUCUAUUUUGGUGGGAGUUUCUUCAGUUCUUUUGUCAACCACUCUUAUAAGAGUUCUGUGAAGGAACCUGGACAAAGGAUGAAAUUCAGUAAUUUGGCACAGAGUAGCAGGUUGUUAACAGUUGCACUUAGUGAUGCAUGCAAUGAACCACAGGAUAAUGCAAUUUCCCAUUUGGAUAAGAGUUACAGUGCUCCAAUCAUUGGAGAACAUUUGGAGUUAGCAUUGGAAUUCCCAAAGAAUGAUGAAGAUUCCCUGAUUUCAUUGCCACCAGUUGUAAAUGUAUCCAUAUAUAGCUCAGAUCCUUUGGCAUUUGUGGACAAGGCUAAUGAAGAUGAUCGUCUUAAAGCUUUGCAAAUUAUGGCUGAGAACCGUUACAGAGAAGCAGCUAGAGCUUGUUUUGAAGGUGGUCAGAAUUGGGCUUCAUCUGCUUUCCCAGCAAAUGAUUUCAGGUUGCGGUCAGGGUCUAAAUCACAAUCCUUGGGGAAGCACAGGCUUCCUGUCUUGGAUUCAACCAAACCUCCCAAAUUGAAGUUCAGAAAGACUUCAGUGGAGCAUAUUGACAUGCAACACUCAUUCAAUGAGCAAGUCUUUCAACCAAUGCCAAAUCCUAAUUUAAGAUUUGAACUGACACCAGAGAUGAUUAAGGAGGGUUGGACAGAUGAUAGCAAUGCUGGUUCUGCUUCUUGUGAGGAUAUGGCUUUUUCACCAGCAUUAGAGGAGUUAAAUCUAGUGCAAGAUAGCUAUCGACCAGGCUUCCUUUCAGGCCUGGAUGAGUAUUCUGAUUUCCCAGACCAUACUGACAUUGGAUAGGGUUAAUAGGAUGAGCUAAAUAUGAUGUUCUUGGUCGUGUCUGUGGUGAUCAUAGGAGAAUGCAGAAGUUUCCAAGACAAACGAGAACCCCCCAGCGUUAACGGGGUUCUCGGUGAACAUGAUGAAUUUGGAAAUACCAUUUUCUACAUGCCAUUAAGUGGCCUGGCAAUAUUUGCCUGUUUUCAUGCCAAGAGAUACAUGUUUCUGGCAAAGGAGAAUCAAAUGUGCCACUGAAGAUCAUGAAUGGGUAUGUGUACUUUGUAUUCAUUGGCCGAGCAAUUAUGUAUUCAUUGACAAGUAUCUGUAGUGCUCUUGCAAGAGGAUUAGCUGAUGUGCGGAACAUAGAUUGUUGCAGAGAUUUUGUAAUUAAUUUUGUUCUUUGGGGAAUUAAUUUCCUCCUGGCUUAAGUCUACUUAGAUCUCGGCACUCUUGUGGAAAGCUAGUGGUAGGAAAGGUAUAUGGUUAUCAAUGGAAAAGUGGAAGAGGUUUAUUGCAACUUCUUCUCUCAUUUGCAAGCAAGUACAAGUUAAUGAAUUUUUCAGAUAAAUUUGCUCCUUUCUU